AUGAAGUGUUAAGGGUAUUAAAACUUAAUCUCAUCCAAUUUGGAAAAUAAAAAUGAAAAUUCAUAUAGCAAAUUCUUACCCCAUGACUGUUCUAAUAUAAUUUCAUAAUACAAGUCUCUUGAGAAGUUGUGUGAUCGAACAACACUUUUAAAACAACUUUAAGUAACUAAAACAGGCUCCUAAUAAGGUAUUGUGCCUUUGAAAAGAUGAUCUUAUGCCAGGCAAUAAGACAUAUGAGCAAGCUUUUCCCAGUCCCACUUCAAAGAUUGCCCCUCAGUUGGCUGUUCCACAAUUUGGAUGUGUUCCGUCAACCCAAGAUGUGCUAUAAAAAGCGCUACGUGUGUAAGCAGCUCCCCACCAUUCCUAAGCUGCGUUGCAUAAUGUUUCUAUCUGCAUUUGCUUUCAGCAUAUGCCAACAUUUCCAUCCAUACUAUUGCAAUUAUCUCCCAUUUUUCUUCAAGAUCCCACAGCGAUACCUCCACCAAUGCCUUCAACAUAGAUGCCAACCUACAACCAUCCCGCAAAACUGACUUGCUAUGAAUUGGCAAAAAUGCAAAGUUGUUAUCUUUGUGAAACAAAGCACUGGCAGCAUAUCAUUGUUAUUUAGUAAUUUCACGUGACCAAAGAAUCUUAUCACCUCAUCCCAAGUAUCUCUUAUCCUUGACCAAUCCCUUUAUGAAGCAUGAGUGGCCGCACCACAAGGAGAUACAUCAUAUAAUCUAACAACAGCUUGCUAAUUUGGCAAUAUGAACCCAGAACACUGCUAGAAUAUCUUCUAUGAUCAUCGUAGAAGAGAAGAAAUUUUGCUAGAUGCCACACAAGGAUGCUGUGGCUGAAUUCUACACCAUUAAUGCACCAUUUUAAAUCAUCCUUUUCAAUUUGUUUGCUUUGAAGCAUAUGAUCCCCCUUCUCCCUCAAUAUAUGUGAGAGCAACUCGUAGUCAAAUUCCUUAUACUUUUCAUCAAUUUUCCCUCCCAGUUCCUCAUCUAUAAUGUUUUGAUACCACUUGAACUUAUCUUGAAGAUGCGAUUGGAUAAAGUCCUUC